AUGCAGAAGAGUUACCCCAAGGAUAAGGAGCAUCAGCUCCUCAAAAACAUCAAGAAAACCAUUGUUAAAAGAGAAGGAGCAUCAACUGCUCCAAAUCAUCAAGAAAAACCAUUGUUAAAAAGUGUUGUUAUUCAAAGGCCACCUAUAGAAGAACUAUCCAUAGGAGAAGGAAAAUCUGCUAAUUCACAUCCUUCUGAAGAACCAACAUUAGAUAAGGUGGUAAUUGUUGAAGAACUGCCUGCAAAAGAGUUACCCCAAGAAGAACGAGCAUCAGCUGCUCCAAAUGAUCAAGAAGAACCACUGUUAAAAGGAGAAAGAGAUUCAGUUGCUCUAUAUCCUUCUCAAGGACCAACAUUGGAUGAGCUGGUAAUUGCUAAAGAACUGUGUGCUCAAGAGUUACCCCACGGAGAAGGAGCAUCAGCUGCUCCAAAUCAUCAAGAAGAACCAUUAUUAAAAAGUGUUGUUAUUCAAAGGGUGCUAUUAGAAGAACUAUUCAUAGAAGAUGGAGAAUCAACUACUCCACAUCCUUCUCAAGGACCAACAUUAGAUGAGGUGGUAAGUGCUAAAGAACUGCCUGCAGCAGAAGAGUUACCCAAAGGAGAAGGAGCAUCAGCUGCUCCAAAUGAUCAAGAAGAACCACAGCUAAAAGAGGAGUUACCCCAAGGAGAAGGAGCAUUAUCUGCUACAAAUUUUAGAGAAGAUCCAUUGUUAAAAUGGGUUGUUUUUCAAAGGCCACCUUUUGAAGAACUAUCCAUAGGAGAAGGAGAGUCAUCUACUCCACAUCCUUCUCAAAGAACAACAUUAGAUGACGUGGUAAUUGCGUACGGACUGCCAGCACAAGAGUUACCCCUUGGAGAAGAGGCAUCAGCUGUUCCAAAUGGUGAAGAAGAACCACUGCCACCUUUAGAAGAACAAUCCAAAGGAGAACGAGAUUCAACCACUCCACAUCCUUCUCAAGGACCAACAUUAGAUGAGCCGGUAUUUGCUAAAGAAUUGUCUGUUGAAGAGUUACCCCAAGGAAAAGGAGCAUCAGCUGCUCCAAAUCACCAAAAAGAACUAUUGUUAAAAAUUGUUAUUAUUCAAAGGCCACCUUUAGAAGAACUAUCCACAGGAAAAGGAGAAUCAGCUACUCCACAUCCUUCUCAAGGACCAACAUUAGAUGAGGUGGUAAUUGCUAAAGAUAUGCUUGCAGCAGAGGAGUUAACCCAAAGAAAAAAAGCAUCAGCUGCUCCAAAUGAUUAA